GCGAUGUUGAAAUACCAUGCAUGCUGGAAAAGAAAAAAUCGCACUUUAAAACCACGGCACCACCGAGCUGACUUCUAUGAAACGGUGCCCCAAAACCGGUUCUGUACGAAAACGAGUGCGAGGAACGAAAUUCCAAGUCAAAACAAAAGACUAGUGGGCCAACGCCAAUAGCUAAGCAAAAGUUUCACUUUUCUACGCGCAGUGAGCGUGCGUGCAGUUUAGCGAAUUACCAAGGCUUUCGACCUUUGAAUAGUGUAACUUGGCCAGCAAACUCAAUAUUAUUUUGUAGAAACCAACAAGCAAGUGAACAAGUUUUAAAAUGUAUCGUGCCAGCGGCCUUAUUAUGCAACAGGUGCGCCAAAGGACGCCAAUACAGGCAAUGGCUAACAAAGCGGCGCCAGCUUUGAUAACUUUCACCUGGCGACUGCAACAACAACAACGAGGCACGGCGACGUCAUCAAUGAGCACGAGUACCAAACAGACGGCGACGCCACCACCUCGUCAUGAUUGGAAUAGGGCUGUGAGCGAGGCCGAACGCAUUGUGGGCUAUCCCACAUCCUUUCUCAGCCUGCGCUGGCUGCUCAGUGAUGAAAUUGCCAAUGUCGCCCUUCACUUACGCAAACUAGUAGGCAGCGCUCAUCCACUGAUGAAGACGGCCAAACAUUUACUUUAUAAUGGCAAAAACACCAUGCAGGCCUGGGGCCUGAUUGUGCUGUUGGUGUCCAAGGCUGCUGGCCAUGCUGCCAACAUUCCGGACGUCGAGCAAGAUAAGAGCGCCGGAGUUUUGCACUCGCAACGUGCGCUUGCCGAGGUAACCGAAAUGAUACGGAUAUCCCAUUUGGUGCAUAAUAGCGUCGUCAACUUGCAGUCGAGUACGCAGGCAGGCCAAGAUGCUGGUACCUACGACGAUAUGUCAUUUGGCAAUAAAAUUGGAUUGCUAACUGGUGACUAUCUUUUGGGACACUCUAGCGCUGAGCUAGCAAAUUUGCGCAAUCAGGAGGUUGUGGAGCUGAUCUCGUCUGCUGUGCGUGAUUUUUCGGAGUCCGAAUUCAUUGGCGAACGUGACGAGCAAAACAACCCUUUACCAUACAAACCCGGUACCUUUCAAAUGCCAUCACUUAAUGUGGGUGUGGAUUUCAAUGAGCACGAUGUAAUGGCACCCAUGCCAAUUGCUCAAGUUCUGGGCAAUCCUGAGCAAGAAUGGGAAUGCCGUAAUAUACUUAAUGCGGGCAGUUUGCUAGGCAAGUCUUGUCAAGCCUCGUUAAAGCUGGCCGGCCAGAGCGAAACGAUGCAGCGUCAGGCCUAUCGCUUUGGUAAGCACUUAGCGCUUGCCUGGCAGGCUUGCCUUGAUGCUGAACCGUUUCAAUGCCCCACUCUUCCGCUGGACGUCACAUUCAGCUUGGUGAGUGCGCCAGUUCUGUUUCAUUUGGAACACGAUCCCAGCCUCUAUGCUCAGUUGGAGAAGGGAAAGCAAUCUGUGGAAAACAUUGAUUACGAUAAAGUGCACAAGGCAAUCCUUGCCGGUCCGGCACUAGCAAAGACAAAAGCGCUGCAGCGAAAGCAUACGGAAGCCGCUCUCAGCGUGUUGCAGCAUUUCCCGGCAACGGAUGCUCGACAGGCGCUGGAAAACAUUAUACUGGCCAUGCAGGAUUUGUGAGAAACGGCAGCUCAUAUGAAAGUUUUACACUGGUUUAGGUUUUAAUUUAUUACACAUGUACCUAGUUUUAUACUAACGACAAUUUUCUAUGCAAAUUAAAGACAAUGGAGUGACUA